AUGGAGCUCUACAUCCGGAAAAACACCGAACUCCGGAAGAAGACAAAGAGUGACUUUGAAGUCAAUCUCUACAAGCUACUGAGCAACAGCGUCUUUGGCAAGACGAUGGAGAACCUCCGAAAGCGUGUCGAUGUGAAGCUUCUCCGACCAAGCGAGACAGAGAGUUUCCGCAAACUUAUCGCCAAGCCGACAUACAAUCGGCUUCUCAUCUUUGGCGAUGCGGGAGACCUCGCAGCCGUUCACAUGAAUAAAAGCAGUCUGCUGCUCAACCGGCCUGUCUUCGUGGGCACGAGCAUUCUCGACCUCUCGAAGCAUCUGAUGUACGUCUGGUACUACAACUAUCUCAAGAUGCUGUACAAGUCGUCAGCAGAGCUCCUCUACACCGACACCGACAGCCUUGUGCUGGAAAUCCAGACUGAGCACGUGUACGCUGACAUGAGACGCAACGCCGGUCAGUACGACACCAGCAACUACCCCAAAGACCAUCCGCUGUUCAGCACAGCCAACAAAAAAGUGCUGGGGAAAUUGAAGGACGAGGGCGCUGGAACGCCUAUUGCUGAGUUUCUUGGUAUCAGACCCAAGAUGUACUCUAUCCUGAAAUCCGAUGGUCUGGAGGAGCGCAAAGCCAAAGGUGUUAAAAAGGCCGUCGUGAAAAAACAUAUCAGUCAUGCCCAGUACAAAGAGGCGCUAUUUGAAUCAAAGCGCUUCCGCCACGGUAUGGAUAUGCUGCGCAGUCGCGGGCAUCAGAUCUUCGGCGAGCAUGUCAACAAGACAUCAUUGAGCCCGCUGAACACGAAGCGCUGGAUCGCGGCCGAUGGGAUCUCUACCCUAGCAUGCGGGCAUAGGGAAGCUGGUGCCGCAGGCGAAUAA